UUGACAUUCUUUAGUACUCGUCGGCUACGGAUUCUGCAUAGAGAAUAAUAUGGAUGAUCUAGUGAUGUUAAAGACGAACUUCUCGCGGGACCCGGAGCAGGAGCGCAAGACCGAGAUCCUCAAGCAUGUCGGGAUCACAACACAGACGGUCCACUAUCUUCGACACGACUCUAUCCCCACCCCAUUGCUCGUCACUAUGCGCGUCAUGGCCAUGAAUCCUAUGGAAAUCGACCAUUGUUUCCAGCUUAUCCAACAACAAGAACAGCAACACCAGGUGGAAGAGCAGGAAAUGGAGCAAGAGGAGGAGCUGGAGAACAGGCUGGAGCAGACAGAAAGGGCUAUCGCCAUGGCUCUGAAGCAGGAACUCGAGUUUUUAGGUCUCCGUAAUGAGUUUGCGAUGUUGGAUCUGUUGGAUAUGUUGUUGGGCGUGAAGUUGCAGGGGAUUCUGGAGUGGGAUGACAAAUUGGAUAAGCCUCAGAAUCAGGCCCAGGAGUUUGCAAGGAUCUAUCGUCAAGGCCAAUCGCAAGUCCUGCAGGCGUGUGAGGACAUCUGCCGGGGAAUGUUCUCGGUACUCCUGCAUGAAUCCAGCUCUGCAACCCUCUCCUUGGCACAGGCGGUCUUUCUCGACACCUCAGGUGAGCGCGAGCAACAGCUUGAGCAGACUGCCCAGAACAGGGUCCUUUCAGGUCUUGAGCGUAGAAUCGAAUCCCCCGAGACAUAUGAUACGCCAUAUUUCAAGGCCAAGGCACAGGAGGAAAUCAGGACCAUGUCAGAACUGAAACGCGAUGCGGUGCAGCAGGUGCUUCUGACAGCCAGAGGUGUCAUGAUGGAGCACAGGGAUGGUGUGUUUGGCGAGGCCCUGGGCUCUGCAUUCCCUGAGCACGGCUGGGGGGAUGAGACCUGGGUAGAGGAAGACCAGGACGAGGAAGAGGAGAUGGCGAUCCAGAUGGAACAGGAUGCGAUCUUGACAUGCUUCCUUGUCUUUGAGAACCAGCGACCGGUUCGGUUCUGCAAUUAUAUCACUGCGGCCAAAAAAAUGGAUUACUCCAGUCUGCUAGAGGAGGAUAUGAAGGAGGAUGUGGAGGAUCUGCGCCAAUCACUUCAGGAGCCAUUGGAGGCAGUCAAUCCGGAGGCGUUUAAUUUCAGCAAGACGUUUACGAGAAAGGCCUUUGUCUGGGCAACAGGCAUCUUGGAGGCAUUGUCGCUGAGUCUUCAUAUUGAUGGUGAAGUCGUUACUGGCGUCCUUGCACCACGGGAUGUCACAGCGAUGGAAAGUGGUCGAACCAAACGAAAACAUGAAUAGCACCAUUCGACUUUGCAGUAACCACACUAUUCUAACCACAGAAUGUAAUGC